AUGACCUCUGCGCCCAGCGCCGAGCCGGCUGCAGGCAUCUUCUUGGACCUCGCCAGCUUCAGGCACUUUGCACCUCUCCUCGAAGCGAGCCAGGCCUACGCCCAACUCAGCGGCUGUCGCUUUCGCAUCUCCUCCUUCCAGGCGGUGGAAGGUGAAAGCAGCGAGCCAACCUUGGAGGAGCUCUCCGGUGAACGCAGCGAGCGCUUGGCCGCACGUGCAUCGGCGGCCCCGCAGGUGGCGGCUUUCGCAGAGCGGCUUCAGAAUCGAGAGCCUUGCCUCUUGGAGGAGCUGGAGCGCGCCUUCCGCAUCGUGAUGGUGGAAGGAGUGCGCAAUGCCAUGGUUGCCGCUUUUCAGCGACUGGACUUGUGGCCGCCCUUGCCGCCGCCCCCAGGCAUCGAGGAGGACGACUGUUGCUACGAGGAUGUGAACUCACCGGUUCCCGUCAUUGCACAGCGGCUCUACAACGACGACGUGCGAAGGUUGCUGGCCGUGCCCUGUGACGGCGUGCAAUCUCCAUGGCUGCAGCGUGCGCUGACCGCCGCCUUCAUCGUUGAUUUUGCUGCAGAGGUGGGUCUUCCCUCACCGCAGAUGCCCCCAACACAGCAGGAGAUGAUCGAAGAGUUCAGCCUCCGGAUCCAGGAGUAUGAGUCUCAGCGUGCAGCUCCUUUGCCUGCCGACGAGCCUGAACAGCGUCGGCUGCGUCCAGCCUUAGAGGCCUUUGAACGCGCUUUGGCUCCGCUCAAGGCGGAGUCGCAGCGCCUUCGUGAACAGGGAGGGCGCUUUGUCGCCGAGAACAAGACGGCGAUCGCCCUCGGCGCUGUGGGGGUCGUUGGUGGUGCAGUGGCUGCCGUAUUGGCAGGAGGAGCCAUCGUUGCUGGACGACUUGCGCAACGCGGAAGUCAGGAGCACGGAGGAAGCCAAGAAAGCCCACAGGAACCUGAGCAGCCUGAGCAGUGA